AUGUGCACUGGCAUCAAGGUAAAGACUGUGACAGUAACCGGUGUGAUUAUUUUAGGCAUAAAUAGCAACAUUUCUUCCGCCCACUUCUCACCCUUAAGCAUGGAAGGUGAUGAUGAGAUUGGCAACAAUGUCGAGGCCGAAAAUGGAACUGGCAUUGCUGCAAAUGUGGCUGGGUGGGUCUUUUCUUCUCACUACGUGCGCCCUCCAAGCUACGAUAUUGUAACCAUCCUCGAGCUCACCUGGUUCUUUUGCCCGCCUGCAGUGACCCCUCGAUUUGAAUUUCGUCACUGA